AUGUCCGAAAACCCCGCUCAGCCACCGCUGGAGUUCUAUGUUGCAAAUGCGGAGCGCGUGUUCGCUGAGAAUGAUAAGGUCCUCUUCUUUUCUCACUGGACGUAUAAAAUGAUGACGCGCAGCUUUCUGGAAAGUUACCAGAAUCCGCCUCUCAUUUUCCCAAACAGUACGCAGAGCAACUUUAUUAAAGGCGAUGGCUACAUCGACUAUUGCACAUGGCAUCGUUAUUCCGAUUUUGAGUGGUUUGCUACACAGAUGCUGACAGAGUUUCCAGGUAUAAUCUUUCCACCCAUUCCAGAGAAGGAAGUCAAUGGGACGAUCGACAAACUUACAGCGCACUUUGACGGUGUGAGUGGCCUUGACGCAAAGAAGAACUCACUGGUAAGACAACGGCUAAGGCGACUUCAACUGACUCUUAAUGCCAUAUCCCAUAUCGGUGCGAUUCAUGAAUGUGAGUUAAUGAAGGCUUUCACAACGCUUGACGAAGACGGAUGGAGAAAGUUCCGCGAUUCGUGGGAGGCAGCAAGGAAAAAUUCUCUACUUUCUAUUGUGAAAAUGAAGUGUUUGGGCCUCCUUGGAAAACUAAGCAGUUUCGCGAUGGUGCGGGAACAAGAAGGUCCCGUCUCUUCCCGUCUUAGCUCCAUCCUCGUGCAACAUGGCGAAAUGGUGCGGCUUCUACAGAUGUGCGGCGCCGUCGUGGAAAAAAUGACAAGGCGGUUUGUAGGUGAACCAUCCAAACGGAGAAGUACUCGGAAUAUAUGCAAGCGGACGGCUGGAGCUCCCCUUCCCGCCGCUGCAUGUCACGAGGGAUGUUUCGUUCGGUAUGAGGCGAACGGUGGGCGUGAGGGUGUGGUGAAGAGCAUAGAUCGGAACACGGCGGUAAUUGAGUGGAACGAUCGUGAGGGAGGGAUGUCCCGUGUCCCUGUAGCCGACCUCAGAUAUCCGUCAUCGGGUGUGAGCGACCCGGUAAUGUUAGCCCUUCAUGCAAUAACAGAACAAAUUGAUUCCCAUCUCAUGUAUCUGAGCAAAAAGGAAGAGGCUGAAGGCUUGAGGGAGGUUGGCGAUUUGCUUUGGUUUGCUUCCCAUCUUUCAAUUUCCUGCAUCAAUGCUGCUACGCAGCUCAAAAAGAUGGAAUCAAACGCUUUAGCCCAACCUGCCCCCGGGAGGGACGAUACCGAAGGGGAGGCGCAUCGGGAAUCAUUAAAACAACGUGUCGCGGAUGGAUACACACGGUUUACUGAGCAAUACGAAAAGUUCUGCAUUCCACACCAAGCGCAAGUGUUGGCUGCUGUUGCCCAUAAGCUUGGAAGAAUAGGUACAUUUCUUUUCAUCGAUGAAGGUUGGAGUGCGCGCAUUUUGCAGAUCAGUUCGGCACUGACGGUUCCAACUUUUCCGCCGGAGGAGGGUUCUCAGUGA